AUGACAAACACCUAUAUGAUGAUCUCAGACUCCCUCAAAGAGAGAGAGAUCUCCUACUGGUCGAUAUACCCUUCUGCACUCGAUUCGGCAAAGCGUGAAGAGCCACCUUUUCACGGUCUUCCUCUUCCGACCAUAGCGGAAUCCUGUUGCUCGUACAUGCCUGCCAAACGGAGUCCCCUGCGAACGGACUGCGAUAAGUGUGAACAGCUUGGGGUUCCCUCAGAGCCGCUGCAGAGGGUGACUGUAGCUUACUCUCCGGAUAUAUGCCUGGACGAUGCUUCUAGCGCCGCUAGUCCUCAGAGUAUCAAACUCAACACGAGCAGCGUGGCCAACGAGCCGUUCUUAAUCCCACGCAGAGCUUUGGGCUCAAAAAAGGCCCUAAUUACGUUUGACGUUAGGGACAGUGAGUGCCUGCCAGCCGACCACCUCAUUAGGGUCGCGCAUCAAGAACCUGGAAUAGCCACCAGCAACAACGAUGCUGAAGUCCCACUGCCGAAAGUCGAAUUGCCAUGGGAGUAUAGCCCUGUUAUGGCAUGCAGUAACAGCUUCAGCAAUGCAGAGGAGACGAUAGAUACCGCCAGUGCCCUCACCUGGUCCAUACCCGAAGUCCAUCAAGUUUCAUGUGUAACGCACAUCAGGGAUAUCAGCCACGGAGAACUGGUAUAUUCUUUACCCUGUGUGUCCGGCGCAACUGCCCACUCAUGCGAUGAUGACCUUGGCGGUACCUUCGACCAGCUGAUCUCAAUGCCGGAUAACUCUCCGGAUUGCAGUCUUCAGUCCAGCCAGAUCGGGUGGUCGGACACUUCAAGUCCAUUAGCUGGAGUCUGUCCUAGCCAAACAUGCUGUCCUGACUUGCUUCCGAUUCCGGAGAGACAAAUGACAAGUCAGGCACCAACCUACUAUCAGCCUCCUCCGACUUACUCUUAUCAACACCGGGACUCGUCCACCUUUGCUCCUUCACAUCAUCUGCUCCCCGCUCCAUUCCAGCCACAGUUGUCCCCCACCGAUGGACAUGUAUCGGUUGGGAUAGGAGGCGCACUCAGAGGAUCCACGACGCGCGCAUCAGAUGUCAAGAACAAGCUCCUGAUCCAGUAUAAGCAGCAAGGCUUUUCGUACAAGGCCAUCAAGGAGGUUUGCAACUUCGCCGAGGCCGAAUCCACCCUUCGCGGCAGAUAUCGGACUUUGACCAAGCCCAAGCACUCUCGAAUUCAACUUCUUUGUGAAGCGGUGACCCAGUUGGAGCAUGGCCGACAGGCGUCGCAGUGCCCGUACCUCUUCGAUCAUCAGUCGCGAAAUCUCACCCUCGUCCAGCCGCCAAAGGUGUCCUGGAAACAGGUUGCGCUCUAUAUAUAUGAGAACGGAGGCUCAUACCUCUUUGGGAAUGCGACGUGCAAGAAGAAAUGGUGUGAGGUGCAUAAUGCGAAGUGCUGGAGGUUCGAGUCCCGGUUGAAUGAGAAAUAA